GCUCCCAGCCACCAAGCCACUGGUUCUCCUCACCGCUGAUAGGCUUGCCCAGUGCUACUCACAGAGGGUUGGUUACAUUUCCUGUUGGAUAACUGCGGCAUAUCAAGAAAUAAUAAGCUCUUCACUUCCAGAAAAAACGCAAACAAUGGCCCCCAGGAACAGAGGGAAAGGGAAGAAAGGAGGGAAACAGAAGAAAAAGAAGAAUGUGGCAGAAAAUGAAGUGGAGGAGAAAUACAGGAAAGCAGUCCUGGAGGUCGACAUCCUGAAAGAGCACCUGGCCCUCCGGAGGGACGUGGCCAGGCAGGUGAAGGCUGACAGUGAAGGACUCAAGCAGAGGCUGCUGGAGCUGGAGCGGGAGCUGGAGAUGUCACGGGACGACAAGAAAGACAUUUACGAAGAGAUGAUCCGGCAGUACCAGGAGCUCCAGCGGCAGACAGAGACCCGCAUACAGCAACUGGAGACUGAGACGAAGCAGCUCCAGGAGCAGCUCGCAACUUGCCGUGAGGCUAUCCAGCAGGCCCGGGCGGAGAGAGAGCAGGUGCUGGGGGAGAAGGACCGGACCAUUGCAGAGCUGCAGGGCAAAAUCGAUGCCAUGGAGUCAGAGUAUGAAAAGAUCCUGCACGGCAGUCUAGACCGAGUCCUUUCCAAGCUGGCAGCUGCCCAGGGCUGCUGGGAGAAGGAAGCCACGGCCAUGCACACGGAGCAGAAGGAGAGACUGCGAGAGUUCGGGCUCAAUCCCCUGGAGAUCUAGGGCCCUGGUUUAUGCUGGGGAAAGGGGCCGUGUGGACGCCCCAUCGUGGCCAAGCACUAACCCCCCAGCAGUGGCAGCUGCAAUGGGUUGCCUUGCAGGGCUAGCAGGUAUUCUCCUAACUGUGGGAAGGACCUGGAUCAACAGCCCUGGAGACUGGUGUCCUCUUGCCCCAGGGCAGCUCUCUCAACACCAGGCCCAGCUCACCUUGGCCUGGGGCCCCUCAGCUAGCAGUGAGAGAACAGUUCAGUCUCCAUGCCCCCUUUGGUCCUUGGCUUCUCUGCUGAGAACGGCCCUUCCCGCUCUCCCUCCCCAUCCUGCUGCUUCC